AUUAUGUAUACAACAGAAGUUGCAAAGAGCGACAGCGCAUAUAGCAAACUUCCCUUCAACAAGGUUGACGCCAGGUUACCGAUGGAGCGUAUGCCAUUAGAACGUAGUAGUAUUGAACGAUACAUUGCAAGAGUGAUCACGAGUUCAAACAGCGCUGCACUGAUAAACUUGCCCAUAAUCAGGUGUUCCACUUUCAUAGCCUCAAAAAUGCUCAGGGUCGAUGCGGGAACGCAUACGCUUUCGAGCAGAAACCCCCCAAGCACAUCGCAAACGGCCAUGGAGAUAACCAUAAGCUUGAAGCCGCAUUAAAUCGCCACUCGGGACAACAAAGAAGUCAAAACGUUUACCGAGUAGCUCGCCAAUAAAAACUAGCUUUAUCUUCCUGUCAUUAUGUCAUAAGGCGAGUAUACGCAUGAGAAGUAGACCUGAAAGAUAAUAAAAAAAUCUUGUUGAUAUAAACAAGCUAACCUUCUGCAGAAAACAUGAUAAGAAACAAGGAUGCCCCACUAGUUCGAUAUGAUUCCAAGCACUGUAUUACUUAGCAUCAACAUACGUCGAGUCUGGUUCAGAGAGAGUUCAUGCCGUUUCAACUGAUUGUCGCUUAAGAGUGACUGGCAGACCACUGUCACUGAGAAUCUUUCCCCAAUAAUGAAGUACAUUGCUCACCAUAUAUUUCGCUGAUGAUCCAU